AUGCGUUUUGUCUACUCCGCUGCUGCCGCUCUCGUCGCUGUUUUCGCUUCGAGCGACGCGGCUUCAAAUGGUGCCGACGCGAACGCUCUGCUCGAGUCCGACGUGUCUGUUGUGGCUCGCGUGACGGACGGCAACGCCUACGACGUGGACACGCAGAGGCUUUUGCGCGAGGCUCUUGACGACGAUGAGUCGAUGCUGCCUGCGGAUUUUGAGGAGAGAGCUCCUGGUGGAGCAGUCGUUGAAGAAGCGGCGCCGAAACUCGAAAAGGCCCUCAGUGGUGUACUUCAUGCCGGAGAAGUUGGCGGAGGGGCGGGCGCCCGGCUGGCGGAAACGGCUAUCGCCAAUAAUCAACGGAUCGAAGAAAUCCAAAGAGGAGCUGUCACCAAAGUCCAACACGUCGAAGAAACCCAUGGAGGGGUUGCCGCUAAAGAGCAACACGUCGAAGAAAUCCAGGCGACGACAAAACUCUCUUGGACGAAACGUCAAUGGGAGAAGUUUGUGAAUUUUCUCAAUAAAUCGAAGCUCUUCCGAGACUUCAUGGCGUGGAUCAAGUCGCACAAGGCCAAAGGCAAACCGGUCGGUGAAGGCAAGACUGCAGACGCGAACAAUGGCAAGAAACUCGAGGACGCGGUUGAAGACGCCGGAACUGUCGGGACUGCUGGAGCUACUCGCGCUGUCGACCCCAAUGGAGCAGCGAACGCGGGCGUUCACCCUACUGGAGCUCACUCCGAAACUAUUCCUAAUGGAGCAGCGAACGCGGGUGGUCGCCCUACUGCAGAACAGCCCAAGCCACCUGCGAUUUCCGAGGAGCUUCCUAUUCGUGCCGAGCCCAAGCCACAACCGAGUGUCGAGAACCCGUCUGUUGUGGCUAAGGACAAGCCACAACCGAGUGUCGAUAACCCGUCUGUUGUGGCUAAGGCCAAGCCACAAUUGAGUGCCGAAGAUCGCCUCGAUGCAGGAGUGGAGCCAUCAGUAGAUACUAUGAGUCUUCGGAGUAUCCCUUUCAAUUUAGCGUCACUCGAUGGCAAAGGACAUCACAAAUGGGGAUUUUGA